UAUUACAUUCUUAAAAUUGUUGUAGAAUAAACAUAUAUAUAUAUAUAUAUAUGUAAGAAAGUUACUAACAUGGGCAUUCGUUGCGUGGAUACAUUAAAUAGCCUUUUAUUUUUUAUUUUUACAAUUUAACCCAAACCGCCCGUUUCUCCUACUUCAGCGAGACAAUAACUGUAGGAUCGCCAGCCAGGAGCAAUCGACUAUCUGCAUCAUCACAGCAUCUCUCGUACCGCUUUCUUGUGUCUAUAGCAGGUAUGGACUGACUGACCUAAACCAUAACUCUGGAUACUGGACCCCAAUGGUAAGGAAAUUGAGAACUACCACGUCAUGUCACAGCAAAACAGGGAUGGAGGCCUAAACCCUGUGUACCAUCACUCCGUGACCCUGGAAACGGACAGCGGCUCACCUCGGAGGUCACAGCAGCAGAACCCCUAUGCGAGCGAAGACUUCAGGCCACGGUGGGGCGGGGGGCCGGCAAGGAGGGAUGGCCCAGAGGUGUUGCCCCCCUACGAUAUUGAGUGGAGACGCAGGGACACCACAGAGACCAUCCCAAUGAGACCCCUGCCAUCUGAACAGGGCUUUGGCAGACCAUACCCUUCCACUUCCUUAAUAAACACACAGAAAAUAAAAGGGGAGAGCGCAGUGCGGCGAUACAGCCUCUUCCCCGCUGGAACGCUGAGCGGCUCCACACUGGGAAGGCUGGGAUUUAAAGAGGAUGAGUUCCAGGACAUGUUGGAGGAAGAGAGGCAGGAUCUGGUCAGAGAGCUGGCUGCUAUGUCCUCGAAGGACUGCCACCGAGGUGUCCGCCAACUACCCAUGAGCCUCCGGGAGAAGGACCAUAUCAGGAAGACAGUGCUGCUUGUGAAGACAUCUAAGAAACAUCUCCAGGAACAGAACUGCUGUACAGACUGCACACAGAAUGUUUCAAUGUCCUUUAGGAGAUGCGGUGCCAGCCUGUCUGCCGUACCCCAGGCUCUGCAGCCCUGGCAGGGCACCCUGAAGGAGAUCGGGGGUAAGUUUGGCACCAGUGUCCUCUCCUACUUCCUCUUCCUAAAAUGGCUGCUCAUGUUCAACAUCUUCUCCUUCCUGGUCAACUUCGGCUUCGUCACCGUGCCACAGCUGCUUGACCACAAGGCGAAGAACACCGGGACAUUCCAGGGGCUGGAGAUACUGACUGGAGCGGGAUAUUUCAGCAACUCUGUGCUGUAUUACGGUUUCUACUCUAACGGUACAGUGUCUGGGGGCAGUGCUAGCAGUAACUCCAUGUUCGGGAUGCCUCAGUACAACAUGCAGCUGGCAUACUUCUUCACCAUCAUAGCCUACCUGGUUCUGUGCUGCAUUAGCCUUGUGUACAGCGCUGCACGCUCGUUCCGGAACAACUUCAUGCUGGCUGGGGCUGUGGUCGGCAAUGCUGGGAGGCUGCUGUGCAGCUGGGACUUCAGCGUGAUCAAUGAGAAAGCUGUGCAUCUGCGGCAGGACAACCUGUGCACACAGCUCAAGGAGUCACUGUCUGAGACCUGUGAGAAUCUUUCACUCACUUCCCAGAAAUUCACUCGCUUUGGGAUCCACGUGGCUGCUUGGUUUGUUUCUACAGGCAUGGCUGCAGGCUGCUGUGCCGGCGUCUACUUCCUGUGUCUCUACAACAUGAAAUUGAUCGAUGAGUCCCAUGCAUCCCAGAGCCUGACAGCUGAGGCGGGCACCCUGCUCCUCCCCAUCGUGGUAUCCCUCAUCAACCUGGUCAUCCCGCUGCUCUACUCCCUGUUCAAGAAGGUGGAGCCCUUCACCCUCCCCCGGCACCAGAUCUACGCUCUCAUCGUUAGGAACGUUCUUCUGAAGAUGUCCAUCUUGGCUAUGCUCUGCUACUUCUGGCUGGAAGAAGUUGUGGAAAGUGACAAAAUCAGAUGCUGGGAGACAUUUGUGGGACAGGAUAUCUACAGGCUCGUCAUCAUCGACUUCAUCUUCUGUCUCCUGGGCUCCUUAUUCGGGGAGUUCCUGCACAAAGUGAUCGGGACAAAGUGCCUGAGUAGUCUAGGAGUUCUGGAGUUCGACAUUGCACGGAACGUUCUAGACCUGAUCUACGCACAGACUCUGGCCUGGAUUGGGAUUUUCUUUUCUCCACUGCUGCCUGUCAUUCAGAUCAUAAAACUCUUUCUGAUCUUUUACCUAAAAAAGGUGAGCUUGAUGCAGAACUGCCACCCUCCUCAGCGAUCAUGGCGGGGGGCUCAGAUGAUGACCGCCUUCAUCCUUCUCCUCUUCUUCCCAUCCUUCUCCGGGGCACUGUCCGUGGUGGCGAUCACUUUCUGGAGGAGAGCCCCCUCAAAGACCUGCGGUCCGUUCCGAGGGCUGGCUGUACCCUAUGAUGCCGUGUCUCAGUGGAUUGAUUCCAUGAAAAUCAACUUCCCCAGGUCCAGUUGGGUUGUGUGGAUCUACAAUAACCUGAUCAAGAGCGUCCUGUUCUUCCUCAUCCUCACGCUCCUUGUCUUGAUUUUGAUCUACCUCUUCUGGCAGAUUGUAGUGGGACGCAAAGUCCUCAUUGCCCUCCUUCAGGAGCAGAUCUCUAACGAGGGGAAGGACAAGACUUUCCUGUUGGAGAAGAUAGAGAAGCUGAAGGCUCAGAGAAGUGCUCAGCCAGCACAGAGAGGAGGGGCGGAGGAGAGCCAGCGCACUGGUUCGAAAGAUUUCAAAAGGAGCCGGAGAAGGAGUCAGGAUCUGGGUUCAAGAGGCUCAGAGAGAAGAAGGGUGUCAAGUAUUGACCAGGGUUCAAGGAGCCCUGGAAGGGGCAGGGUGCCAGGUCGAGACUCAGGGUCAAGGAGCUCCAGAAGGGGCCAGAUGCUGGGGCGAGACGUGGGUUCAGUGAGUCCUGGAAGGGGCAGGGUGCCUGAAUAUGAGCCGAGCUCUGGAGAAAGGGACAUAGCAUUGCCUGGAUAUGUACAGGAGGGCCAGGGGGCCACUCCUCUGCAGGCUCUACUCGCACGGAGGCAGGCUAAGGAAGAGGAUGAAGAGGAGGGAUAUUGAAGAUAGUGGAUUAAUCCAGCACCUUAGACAGGCAGGACAGUUCUCUUGCGCCGAGCACAUAUCCUGGGCUAUAGUCAGCACCUCUUUAAAACCUGUUGAAAUGGGCAACCAAACAACUGUUCUAGAAUAGCAUUUGAUAUUGUUUGUUAUCAUAAACUCCACUGCCUGCAGUUGAAUGCAUUAAUCCUGAUUGUCUUCCGCUCAUAAAGAUUUUGUUUUUUU